CGAACCGUCCACGCGUCGACUUCACGCGCUCGUCGAGAAGACACCGGACACGAUGGGCGGCAGAGGCGGACGCGGGUUCAAGCGUAAGGGCGGGGACGACCGCGUCCUGAAGCGCGACUUCAAGAAGGGCAAGCGCGACAACGUGUGGGAUCCGAGCAAGGAGCGAGGAGGGAGAGGAGGAGGGAACGGCGCGGGCGCGUACGCGAGCUACGACAAGACGAACGAGAAGUUCGAGGAGUACUACAAAGCACAGAAGAUCGUCCCGGACGGGGAGUGGGACGACUUCAUGGCGUCGCUCAGGACGCCGCUGCCGACGUCGUUCCGGAUCAACGGCAGCGGGAAGUACGCGGAGGACAUUCGCGAUCAGAUCGAGAACAAGCUCUUCGCGAAGGUCCCGGACGUCGUGGACGCCGGCGCCGCCGCCGAGUGCGAGCCCACCGAGCCCGAGGUGAAGCCCCCGACCGCGGUGCGGUGGUACCCCGACAGGCUCGCGUGGCAGUUCAACUACUCGCGGCAGCAGCUGCGGAGGCUGCCGCACUUGGAGUCGAUUCACGAAUUCGUCAAGCGCGCCAACGAGUACGGGUCCAUCACGCGCCAGGAGGUCGUCUCCAUGAUCCCCGCGUUCUUCUUGAAGAUCGAGCCGCACCAUCUCGUCCUGGACAUGUGCGCCGCGCCCGGGUCGAAGACGUUCCAGCUCCUCGAGAUGCUCCACGGCGGCUUGAACGAUCCUCAGGCGUUGCCGGAGGGUUUCGUCGUCGCCAACGACGUGGACAUCAAACGCUGCAACCUUCUGACGCACCAGACGAAGCGCGUGAACUCCCCAGGGCUCUUAGUCACGAACCACGAGGCGCAGAACUUCCCGGAGAUCAAGUCCAUGGGCGGGCGGACGUUCCCGUUCGACUCCAUACUGUGCGACGUCCCGUGCAGCGGCGACGGGACGAUGCGAAAGGCGCCGGACAUUUGGCCGCGGUGGACAGUCGGGAACGGCAACGGGCUGCACCCGCUGCAGCUGAAGAUCGCCAUGCGCGCGGCGCAUUUGUUGAAAAUCGGCGGGAGGCUCGUGUACAGCACGUGCACGUUCAACCCGAUCGAGGACGAGGCUGUCGUCGCCGCGAUGUUGAAACAAUCCGACGGCGCGCUCGAGCUCGUGGACAUGUCCGGCGAGAUGCCGAACCUUCGACGCGUCCCGGGCGUGAAGACGUGGCAGGCGUGGGACAAGCACGGGAAGCACGACGCGGAAGGGAGACCGGAGGGUCCGUUCAAGUGUCACCCCACGAUGUUCUCGGACGCGGAGAGCGACGCGCUGCCGCUCGAGCGGUGCAUGCGGGUGUUGCCGCACCAAGACGACACCGGAGGGUUCUUCAUCGCCGUGUUCGACAAGAAGCGAGAGAUGCCCGCGGCGCCCGAGGACCCGAACAAGAAACUGCGGGGGCCGAUCACCGUGCGGACGGAGCUGACCGUCGACACCGCGGAGCAGCGCGUCAGCGUGACGCUGACGCUAGGCGGCGGCAGGGGCGGCGGCGGUCGCGGCGGCGGCGGAUACGGCGGUUUGGAUCCCAUACUCCCGGUCGUGGACCCCGGCGUGAUCGACUCGAUCACGACGACGUACGGCAUCGACCGCGAGAAGCUGCCGUUGCAUAAAAACGCGGUGACGCGCACCGCGGAUAACAGUCGACCGAAGCGCGUGUACAUGCUCAGCAACGGCCUGCGGGAGUACCUCGCCGCGGACGUGCGCGAAAACCUCAAGGUGAUCGCCGCCGGGCUGAAGAUUUUCGAGCGUCAGGAGCACAAAGACUCCGCCGGGGACACGUGCGACUACCGGCUCAUCAUCCGCCCGACGCUCGCGGAGCUCAAGCUCAUCCUGCAGAAGCGCUCGCUGCAGCUCGCGCCGGACCCGGAGCGCCCGGACAAGCCUCUAUUCACGGACGACGCCACGAGAGCGGAGGUAACGAGCGCCGUCGCGGGAUCGUGCGUGUUCUUGCCCAGGCUCGGGACGGCGGAGGAGAGAGCAGCGCUCGGCGCGGGGGGGGUGCUCGCGCCGGAGGAGCUCGCCAUCGCGUGCUGGAAGGGCAAGUCUAGUGUGAAUUUACUCGUCAGCAAGGUGGAGACGGAUCACAUGCUGGAGAAGUUUGGCGUGGACGUCAGCGCGGCCGGCGGCGGCGGGUCGGUCCAGGGCGGCGGGAUGGAGGUGAACUGA